UCUUUCCAAAGAUAUUCCGUAAAGUCCGGCCUAAGCAAUUAAAAUGGGCUGAAAAGAAAAAAAAAACAACAACACCGAAAACCGGCGACCACCAUCUAAAGAAAAAUAUCGGCUUGUUUGCAUACUGUUGGUUCGUUCACACUUGUUGUUUUUUGCCCAUUAAACUCGAGUUUUGAAAUGGGCACCAGGCAGAUGAAGGUCAUCAUAGUGGGCGCUGGCCCUGUUGGCUCACUAGCGGCUCUUUAUGCUGCGCGUAGAGGUCACAGCGUUGAGAUCUAUGAGCUUCGUGAUGACCUCAGAGACCCAUCAACAACCCUCCUCAACUUCACCAGGUCCAUCAACCUGGCCCUCUCGGAGAGGGGGAUCCACGCGCUCCGGCACGCGGCCGAGCCGCGGCUGCUUGACGUCAUCUUCCGGGACAGCAUCCCGAUGCGGGGGCGCAUGAUCCACGGCCGGAGGGGGCGGUCAGGUCAGCUGUUUGAGCAGGCGCAGGACUACGACGUGCACGGCAGGAGCAUCUACGCCAUCGACCGCGCCGGGCUCAACUCGCGCCUCCUGGACGUGCUCGAGGAGAUGCCCAACGUCAGGAUAUUCUUCAAGCACAAGCUGACCGGCGCCGACUUCAAGGUCUGCAAGGCUUGGUUCGAGGUUCAGGGUACCGAGUACGCCACGGGCAGGGCCAGGGAGAUCGAGAUCGACUUUGACUUUAUGAUCGGGGCCGACGGCGCUCACUCGGCUGUGCGCUAUCACAUGAUGAAGUUUGCGCGUAUGGACUACCGCCAGGACUACAUCGACACUUUGUGGUGCGAGUUUCACCUCAAGCCUAGGGAUGUGCCGGCAGCAGCCACAAACGGCAACGGCAAUGUAAAAGACAAGAAUGCCACGUCUCAGUUCGCCAUAUCACCCAACCACCUGCACAUCUGGCCAGGCAAGGACUUCAUGUUCAUCGCCAUCCCCAGCAACGACGGCUCCUUCACAUGCACGCUCUUCAUGCCGAGCGGUGAAUUCUCAGCCCUCGAAGCCGCACCCUCAAACCUCCCCGCCUUCUUCGACCGCCACUUCCCGGGCGUGACCGACAUAAUCCCAGCCGACGAGCUCAUCGCAUCCUUCAAAGAAAACCCCCACCUGCCGCUGAUCAGCAUCAAAUGCUCCCCGUACCACUUCUCCUCGUCGGCCGUCAUCGUCGGCGACGCCGCGCACGCCAUGGUGCCAUUCUACGGCCAAGGGAUGAACGCCGGGCUGGAGGACGUGCGGAUCCUGUUCGAGACGCUAGACAAGCACGCCGAGAUGGCACGCAACAACCAGGAAGAAGACGACGACGACGACGACUAUGACGACUACUACGACGCCGCCGCCGCAAAGCACGAUGCGCACCACCGCGCCAUGGCCCUGGCCGAAUACACGGCGCUGCGCGUGCCCGACACGCACUCCAUCAACGACCUGGCGCUGCAAAACUACGUCGAGAUGCGGUCGUCGGUGCUGUCGCCGUCGUACCGACUGCGCAAGUUCCUCGAGGAGAUGCUGUCCGUGUACGUGCCGUCUCUCGGCUGGCAGACAAAGUAUGCGCGCGUGUCGUUUGGCAACGAGCGAUACUCCGAGGUUGUGCGCCGCAGCGACCGCCAGGGUGACAUCUUGAUGCGUGGGCUCGUCGCCUCGGUGAGCGUGCCGCUCUUGGCCACCUCGGCUUUCUUGCUCGUCAAGUACAGGCGGGCCUUGGGUGUUAGCGUCGAUGGGUUGUGUGCCUUUCUGUCGAGGACGGUGGGCAGGGGCUGAUCCGCUUUGAUGCUGUAAUUUCCAGGCUCAAAGGAGGAAGGGGAGAGAGGCAGACGAUUCUUUUUCUGCCGAUCGGCUGCUUUGGCAGCAGAAGCGGGAGGAAGAUGUACAAAUGUCACAUUAAUUCAAUAGUCAUGUUAGGGGUUGACCCUCGUGAUACUUAUAGUCUCAAUGCAUGCAACCCAAGAGAGCUAUAUGGCCAUUUUCGGGUGUGUAAAAUCAUAUCAGUUGCUCCUCAUCUUGCUACUCAUCUUGCUACUCAUCUUGCUACUCAUCUUGCUACUCAUCUUGCUACUCAUCUUGCUACUCAUCUUGCUACUCAUCUUGCU